AUGGGGGGGCCGAACGACUCGACAGACCUAUACGACAUGCUGUACCUCCUCUUCGAUGACUACAUUGUAAAAAACAGCAAACAACCCAACACGUACGAGUCCCUCUUCCGCAAAAAGGAGUUCCUCCAGUUUGCAAAGAUCCAUGGCGCUACCGCAGUAGUCACUUCCCCCAAGGAAGUGAUAAAGAAUAAAGACGAAAUCAUAGACGAGCUCAUUUACGCAUUUAAGCUCUUCGCAAAGUACACCACCAUGUGUGAUGUUUUCUCCAAAAAUGAAGAAGUAGACGAUAUCAACACCGGAUAUCUAAAAUUUCUACUCAUCCCAUACAUACUGGGGGUCCUAUGCUAUGAAACAAUCAACAUAGAGAUUCGAAGCGACCGAUUGAAGGAUGCAAAGUUGUACUUCGCUGAAUUCAUUAACGUCAUAAAUAUGUAUAAUAUAGCCCCCGUGGAAGAUUACCUCCUGGAUAAGGCCGCAGACACGUCAGAGGCGAUGAACAGGAGGAACAUAAAGAUCAAAAGAGCCAAGGACGAGAAGAUGUUUCAGGACUUGUAUGAUGAUAUCAUUAAAAUGAAGGUGAAAAAAGCUACCUCUCACAAUUAUAACCCUUCCUGCUUCUCUCAUGACAUGGAAGAGGAACAACUUAGGGAACUUUCCCUAUCCUUGAUAAAGUGCAAAUGUCUGCAAACGCUUAACAUUAUGGACUUAAUAGACACGGAGCUCCAGGUGUUAGAGAUGCGCACAAGCCACCACCAUCAGGAUGAGCACCAGCAGAAUGGGCGACUUACACCCCAUCCGAAGCAGCCACAUGAGGGGCAACCCCCCCAGAGAAACCAUCCAAACGACGGCGUUAGAAAGCCCUGGCUCUUCACCAUCAAAAAGAACAUGCCUGUUGCCGACAUGACUGAAAUGAGGAACUAUUACAGAGAUCUCGUCUUCACCCCUGCACAUAAUUUGCCGACGAUAUCGCUAGAAGAGUGCGCCAAAAUUGAAAUGGAAUACGCCGUCAAAGGCAAGGGGGGGGGCAUCCCCCUCGGCAGCGAAGACGAACGGAAGGGAACCACAAGGGGGGAUGCGGAAAAGGGUGAUGUUGAAAACGGCGCCGAUGAAGAGGACUACGAAAAUUGUUCCAGAGAAGAAAGCGAGAAGGAGGUCAUGGACAGGGAGUGGGACGACUGGAAGGAUAUGCAUCAGAAGGGGAUUGGGAACAAAAAUAGAAACGUCGCUUGA